ACUACAAAGGAGCGUUGUGAACCGUACUUCCGUAAAUACACGCAUCAGGUUGUAUGGAUUCGUCCAGAACAGUUCGUUCAGGCUGCUAUUUUGAGGCGAAUUGCAGUUACAUUAACAAAAAGUUUAGACGGGCGGUCGGUGCUAUAACUAAUCAAGCAGAAGAUGCCCAAGGAAUCUGAUGAGUCCUCCAAGCAGGAACAGAGCAAGAUUGACAAGGACGGGACAGAAAACUCUGUGGAAACAUCAGAAGAGAUGAUCCGGAAGAGGAUCAGAAGAAAUACUCCCAGUCCUCACAGACUCACCCCUCAGUCCAGUCCACCCAGGUUUGUGUCAGUGGAAGAGCUAAUGGAGACAGCCAAAGGAGUCACUAAUAUGGCACUGGCCCAUGAGAUAUUAAUGAACAGUGCUUUUCAAGUCAAGCCUUAUGAGCCAGAAGAGGGAAGUUUGGAGAAACGGGUCAAGGAAAUAAUGCACAAAGCAUUCUGGGAUUGCCUUGAGUCACAGCUGAAUGAGGACCCACCAUCGUACAGCCAUGCUAUCACACUAGUUGGUGAAAUUAAAGAGACCCUGCUGUCUUUUCUGUUGCCAGGACAGAGCCGGCUGAGAGGGCAAAUUAAAGAGGCCCUGGACCUCUCAUUGAUCCAGCAGGAGGCUGAGAACGGAGCUCUAGACAUCAGUAAGCUAGCCCAGUUCAUAAUUGACAUGAUGGGCACCUUUUGCGCACCUUGCCGUGAUGAAGACAUCAAACAUCUGCGUGAAAUCACUGACAUUGUGCCCCUUUUUAAGUCUAUAUUUGCAGUGCUGGACAAGAUGAAGAUCGACAUGGCCAACUUUGCUGUAAGCAGCCUGCGACCUCACCUCUUACAGCAGUCGGUGGAAUAUGAGCAGAAGAAAUUCCAGGAGUUCCUACAGAAACAACCCAAUGCUUUGGAUUUCACAAAGAAAUGGCUCCAGGACACAUCAGAUUAUGUAACCGGUGGAGCAACAUGCACACCAAACUCUGCUCAACUUCCUCUAACUAUACACAAUCAUGCCUAUUUACGCCUGUUAAAAUGGGACCAUGAUACGGAGGCUUUUCCGGAGACUCUUCUCAUGGAUCAGGGCAGAUUUCUGGAGAUGCAACAGGAGCUGGAGCAACUGGCACUUGUGGCCUCAGUCCUGCUCAUAGUCUAUAACAGUGCCGGCGAAGCCAUUUCUGGACUCCCAGGCCUGAUGGAAAGACUGAAGAAAACCAUUAAGAUUCUGUUAGCAGAGAUGCACACUUCGUCCUUUAAAGCAGAUGAAGCCUUUGCUGCGGUUGCAGAAAAAUUGUGUGUGGAGCUCAGAGGAUGCUUGUUUUGGCAUGGCUUUUCCCCAUUUCCUUCUGACAGAGAGAACACGUUGAAAGGCCAAAUUUUAGCUGUGAAGUCUGCGGACAACCCCAUACGCAAGGUCAUUGACUCCCGAAUCCAGACAUACCUACUUGGCUUCCUGGAGUCAAGUGCCCUCCGGUGCGCCCCGGCUCUCCCUGGAGGUCUGACACCCAUCGGCAAAGAGUUAGAGGAGAUUGCUGUUAAGCUGGAACGAUUGGUGACCUUCAACAAGCUAGUUUACUCUCUGUUCUACCACAAGAUCCUCCAAGAUAUUCUGAAACAAGGGGAAAGUUUAGAUGUGUAAACAAAACACCUGAAAUACUUACCACUAGUGUCCCUGGCUUUCACAUUCUGUAGCUAUGUACAAAUUAAAGUGUCUGUAAAAUAGCUAAUCAACCCCUUAAAGCUCACAUGCUAGCACUAACAGAUAUUUAAGGGUUAAGAAUCCUGACCUCCUCUCAUUGGGUUCUAUAUCAGGAAAUAUUUAUGAAUGUAUCAAGACAUUUGAAUUGCCUAAAGCUUGGAUUACUUUAGGCAAUAACUGAUAACUGUUAGAAUAGCGUACUGAAAUGUAAUAAAGGAGGACCUUGCAAAUACUGUUAUUGUGUGCAACAAAAUAGAAAAGGAAUACUUGCAUUUUACACAUUUUUUUUUUUUUUUUACAUUUUAUUGUGUAAGGAAGAGGAUGUACAGUACAGCAUUUGACUGGUGCCUUAGUUUGUGAAGUGCCACCCAUAUUUAAGUGCACAUUUUUGUCUUUACUGCUAAUUUUAGCCUACAGAUUACUCCCAUGUUGUUCCCAUGUUCACGGGAAACUUGGAACACCAAGCAUGGUCUUUUUAGAGUAUUCUUGAUUUUUUAAAAACAAUGUUUCUGUCAACACUGAGCAUGUUUUACAGAAGACAACUUCACCUCACAAGCAGCUGUAUUCCCCGACAGCCCCAACUGCACAUUUCUCUGUUCUGCUCUCAUGAACCUCUAAGGUGUCUUAUUAAUACAGUAUUACUAAUGGUUAUUUUGAAUUGAAUGCUGGCUCCCAAUAAAAAUAGUUAAUGGAGGUGUGUAGAAGCA